AUGCUCUCACGUGUUGCUGCAGUGAAGGCACCCCGCACACACAACCGUCGCCGCGCGACCGGAUCCAGCGGAAGGAGGAGGGAAGGAAGAGAGAGUGAGCCGCAGAGGCCCAACAUGUCCCGGGAUCUCUUCUGCUCUGCAUUCCUCCUCCUCCUCGUCGUGAUGAUGUGCUGCAACACUGGUGGUGCUGCGGAAGCUGCGGAGCAGCCAUCUGAACCCCGGUUUGGAUGGAAGGACGCCAAUGACGGUGGUGUAACUGUGGAGUCGUUGGGUGUUCCCGGCCUUCUAAAAGUUGGGAGUGACGUAUUUGCCGUUGCCGAGGCGCAGUGCAAAAAGAACAGUGAAAGCGACAGUUUUACUGGCAUUGCAUCCCAACUUCUCCCGAAACAAACUGCCAACACACCGGUGGAAGUGCUGAAUGAAGUGAAAGAGACACAAUUUCUGGAGGAAGGAACUUCCGAAGACUCAAGGAAGAAAGUGGAUGUGCGCCGACCAACAACAGUUAUGCAGGGAAAUGAUAUUUACAUGCUUGUUGGGAAAUACAGCUCUGCAGAUGUUGGUGAGAAGAGCGGAGCAAAUGACGGGGGAUUUUUUCUGGUGAAAGGGGAAGUCAGUGAUGAAAGUGGCGGUGGCAAAAGAAUCAAAUGGAGCGAUAAUGAAGAUGUCUCGCGGGCAUCUUUUGGCGAACAACGACAAUCUUGGUCACGGCUGAUUGGCGGCGGUGGAUUGGGUGUUUACACGGAUGACGGUAGGCUUGUGUUCCCAGUGCAAGGCACGAAGAAGAAGGGUGAAGCACAAAACGAUGAAAAGACCGUAUCGCUGCUCAUAUACACCUCGAGUAGCACUAAGAGCUGGACGCUGUCGAAGGGGAUGUCUGACGGUGGCUGCAGUGCUCCCUCCGUCGUGGAGUGGAAGGACAAAAAACUCAUCAUGAUGAUGACUGCAUGUGAUGAUGGCCGCCGCAGGGUGUACGAGUCCGGUGACAUGGGGGAUUCGUGGACGGAGGCACUCGGGACACUCUCGCGCGUGUGGGGCAACAAAAAGGGCGCAAAGACCGUCAGAAGCGGGUUCAUCACAGCGACUGUUGACGGUGUUGAAGGUAACAGAAAUGUGAUGCUUGUGACUCUGCCGGUAUAUUCCGAGAAGCUUGAGAAGGGAGACAAUGGAAAGGAAAAGAGUGAACUCCAUCUUUGGCUGACGGACAAUACGCACAUUGUCGAUAUUGGGCCGGUAUCCGGGAAGGACGACGACGUUGCCGCCAGCUCCCUGUUGUACAAAAGUGCUGAAAGUGGAGAUAAUGGGGAGAAGCUUAUUGUACUGUACGAGAAGAAGAAGGGCGAUGAAGAAUCAUCACACAGUCUUUGGUCUGUACUUCUGACUGAGCAGCUGCAGCGUGUGAAGGAUGUGCUGGCGACGUGGAAGAAAGUGGACGACCUUGUCUCCAAGCUGUGCACCACUUCAAGCGCUGUGGAGAGUACCCCAUCUGAAAAUGCCUGCAGCCCUACUGUUAAGAUCACGGCUGGGCUGGUUGGCUUUUUGUCGGACAACUUCUCUGAGAACAAAUGGAGGGACGAGUACCUCGGGGUGAACGCCACAGUGAAGAACAAUGAUGAUGAGGGUAAGAAGGCAACAUUGCAUGAAGGCAGUGUGAAGUUCCAGGGAGCGUGGGCGGAGUGGCCCGUUGGCGAGCAAGGGGAGAAUCAGCUUUACCACUUUGCGAACUACAACUUCACUCUUGUGGCGACGGUGUCCAUCGAAGGUGAGCCGACGGAGGAGGGAGAUACCCACAUUCCUUUGAUGGGUGUGAAGAUGAAUGGCGAUGAGAAUACAGAGAAUUCCGUACUUCUGGGACUGUCGUACAACAAGAAAAAAAAAUGGAUAUUGCUGUGCGGUGGCAAAAACCCUGAGGAGCACAGCAACACUUGGGAGAAAGAUACAACACAUCAGGUGGUGCUUAUGCUACAGAACGGCACCCAGGGCUCCGCGUACGUCGAUGGUCAGCGUGUGGGUGGGGGUGAAGCGUGUGCAUUGGAGAAUAAGGAUUCAAAAGAGAUAUCACACUUCUACAUUGGAGGGGAUGGAGGUGCGAAAGGCGUCUCAGAGAUCCAAGACGUUUCUGUGACCGUGUCGAACGUCCUGCUGUACAACCGCCCGUUGGAUGACGAUGAGAUUACUGCACUUAACACAAAACUUUCUAUUCCGAAAGCAAGCGAAGCAAAAACAGUGAAGAAGGGUACUCCUUCACCAGAGGCGAUUAAACCAGCUACGCUGGAAACCAGAACUCCGUCUAGUCUUGGCGGGCAACAGCAGACUGAACAGGAUCCGUUGAGGACAAGUGAAAAUGCGGGGAGUGGUAGUUUAUCCACGUCAGCGGUGUCCAGUGCCACGACUUCCCCAGCAGCCAAAGAGUCCGAAGACCAGUCAGCGUCGGGAACACCUCCCGAAGGACAUUCAAAUGUGGAUGGUGCUUCUUCGUCCGAGGGAGUUCAAACGGUGGAUGCCGAAACUGGAGACACGGUGCAGGGAGAUAGAACACACCAACCGUCAGUGGGCACUCCCGCCACAGCAGAUACAAAUGCCCCUACCGCUGAAAUCAUGGCGCACGAUGGAGCCGCAGAUACAACUGAGGUUGGUGUGCACUCUGGUGAGAAUGAGGAGACGGUGGGAGGGACGGAUGGGCAGAAACGGGAGGACAUCCAUGCACAGGACGGCGAAGUAAAGGCUGCGGCACUCAGCAGCAGUCUCGGAAAUGUGUCGCAGGGGAAUAACAGCGAUGCCGGCACUGUGCGUGGGAGCGGACUGCUGCCGUUGUUUCUUCUGUUGGGACUGUGGGUGUUUGCGGCUCUGUGA